UGGAUAAUGGAGCUGAGUGAGAAUUAGAAAGUGGAUUGAUCCAAAGCUUCCAGUUUGGGUGCUUAUGAAAAAAACGAUGAGAGAGGAAAUUGCUGCCACAGUGGUAUUCAUCUCCAGAAUGGUGAGGAGAAAUGAGAAACUCAACAAAAAGAAGAUUGAGAAAUUUGGUAACAAACUGACCAAGAUCUUGUUUGAGAAAUACAAGAAUCACUGGUACUCUGGAAACCCAGUGAAGGGACAAGCAUACAGGUGUAUCAGGGUGAACAAGAGUCAGCCUCUGGAUCCAGUGCUUCUCCAAGCAUGUAUAGAAAGCAAUAUUGAUUAUUCAUCUUUAGAACUACCAAAGGAACUCACCAUCUGGGUGGAUCCGUAUGAGGUGUGGUGUAGGUGUGGAGAGAAGAACCAGCCAUUCAUUGUGACCAGAUUAGAGGAACAUCACACAGACUCUGAAAUCUUUAAACAUAUUAGUAGUGCUGCAGAACGUGCUACCUCUGAUUAUUACUCAGGUACCUCCUCAGAUGAAGAGAGCUACAAGGAGCCAAAUACCACCUCUGUCAGCAACACAAAUGCUACUUACUCCUCUAGGGAAGAGGAAAGAAAGACCAUACCAAUUGUGAAUAACCCAAACAGUGUGUACCAGUUUGAAGUAUAUACCAGCUUCAAGGGUAGAAGAAGCCCUGGUGAGGGGCCCCAAACCAUCCCAACAGUGAUAAAUCCAAGGAGUAUCUACCAGGGUAAUGAUUACUACACUCAUCCUGCAACAGCACGACCCAAGUUACUUCGCAAGAUGUUUCCUGAAGAUCACAGCUGCCACUUAACCCAGAACAGUUACAGAAUGUACAGUGUCUCCAAUAUGGUCCUGUUCCCCCGGGUGGACCGUUAUCACUGGGUGAACACCAAACGAUGA